AUGACACUUUCAUUCAAAAAAGCCCCCAGUGUAAAUCAAGACGAAAAGAAAAAGAGACAUGUAGAGAGACAAUCAUCCAGCAACACCUCAGCGACCGUCACUGCAAACAACCAAGACAACUAUCUGAACGGCAUUGGAUCGUACGAAUUCGUGAAAUCACUGGGAAGUGGUAAAUUCAGCCGAGUUAUGCUUGCAUAUCACCUGGAAACACAUCAGCAAGUGGCCAUCAAAAUCAUAGAUAAGCAGGCUCACGAUUACAGAGUCAUGUCAAGAUUGGUCAGAGAGAUAUCCAUCAUGGAGCUACUACAGCAUGAUAGCAUCGUGAAGCUAUACGAAACGUUUGAGAGCUGUGAUUCGCUGUUUUUGGUGAUGGAGUAUGUGCCUGGAUGGAACUUGGAUGAAUACCUGCAAAAGAAGUCUGAGGGAGCACUGGAUGAGCAUGAGGCUCGUCAUCUCUUCAGACAGCUAGUAGCUGCUGUGGAUUAUUGUCACCAUAAAUGGGUGGUGCAUCGUGAUCUAAAGACUCCAAACAUACUGAUCACACCAGAUGGAGAUGUCAAAUUAGCUGAUUUUGGUCUAGGGAAUCGAUAUGGCUUGCAGAGACUACGAACGAUUUGUGGCUCUAUGCUGUAUUAUAGCCCAGAGAUUAUCACGGGCCAGAAAUACUAUGGCCCUGAGGUGGAUUGCUGGUGUCUAGGCAUCACUUUAUUUCGAAUGACAGCAGGAUUCGAGCCAUUUUCGCAUGCUCACACUGUAGGAGAGCUUAAGCGAGAUGUAUGCAAAUGCAACUUUCCAAUGCCGAGUACACUUAGCCCGGAAUUACAGGCUACAAUUAGAAAGUGUCUGCAAGUGGACCGCAGAAAGAGAAUGACAAUAAGACAAGUCUUGAAAGAUGACCCAUGGCUCACCAAUUUUGGCAAAUUGCCAUGCCCUGUUUCCAGUUUGCCAAAGACAGUAUUCGAAGAGACAAUGGUAGUAGACGAUGAAAAGGAGAACAGAGACGAAAAGACCCGCAAGCAGUUCAUGAAGGACCUUGAGAGAGAUGCGCAGAAUCCCAACAAGGUGAAGAAAACCAUCAUCUACCACCCAAUCAACCCAUCCACCUACUACACCACAAAAGCAGGUUCAUCUCAGUCAGUGGCCUCAUCGAAUCAGAUACAAAAUGUGGAACUAUUGCGAUCUGAACUGCUGCAGUCUAUCAGGUCGCGUGCUCGUCGUUUAGGCAUCAAAUCAGCAGAGCGUUGGGAGUUGAGAUCACCUGUCAAGUUGCUAUUUUCGACUUUGAAUCCACAACAUAAAAAGAAGGACAUGGCACCUCCUGCAACAGCAGCACCCAAUAGAUCAAUUGCAGAAAUAGUACAACGCAUAGCAAAAGACCAAGUUUACCACUUUCAAUUAACCAAUCAGCAUCUAAAUAACAUAUCCCAAAGCUCUCGCCCUCCUUCACUUUCUUCCUCUUCAACUACUGGUUCCUCUAUUUUGAGCAGCAUGGCCGAUGACAGUGCAUUAGCAGCUAUAGAUGACGGUGACCAUGAGAGGAAAUCAAGCCGAGAUGUCAUGGCCUUAUUGAAGCAAACAUGUCAACUUAUGGGUAUCACCUACGUACAAGACUCGCCUACAUCAUUGCAUUGUGUGCUGACGUUGAGAAGUGCACCCAAAAAGACAAUCAAUAACACGUCCUCUACAUCCACUGCUGGGACACUCAAGACCACAUCAACCUCCACUAACAAUGCACCGACAGCACCAAAGCACACACGCAAACAGAGUCAGACAAGCAGUGUAGGCACUAGUCUUGGAGGCACUACUGAUGAUUCUCACAAUGGCGGUAGCUCACGACAAUACAAGCGCAUGUCUCUACCAUUGAUUUCGCAUCUAACAUCUUCCAUGACAACAUCUUUCUUUGGCCGUAGCAAACCUCGACACUCUAUGGACGAAAGUACCACUAUUACACACACACAACCACAGCAACAAAUGAACAAGAGAAAGCAAAAGGAAGGCGUUGCCAUGUUUACUAUAGAGAUUGAAGGACACAAGCGAAGAACAGACAAGGUCAACCUGAGAUUCUCCAAGCAGCAAGGUUCUAGCACCGUAUUCAAAAUGGCUGGUGGUUGGGUUGCCGGUGUCAUGGCUUUGGAUGGUAAAAUUGGCCGCUGA